CUCGUUCCCGGGCAGUAUAAAGUUUGCUGUCUCCUUUGUUCGCCCUCGUUGCGCAGUAGUGCUAGCGGCUUCCCUCUUCCGUUCUCGGCACCGGCGGCACUCCCUCGUGCUGAGCUGCUACGAAGCCCCUGCCGGCGAGCUCGUAGGAGCUUGGAACCGUCGUCACCCCUCCGUCUCUCACCAGGGGGAAAAAAAUGGUUGAAGCAGAUCGCCCAGGAAAGCUUUUCAUUGGUGGCCUCAAUACAGAAACAAAUGAAAAAGCCCUUGAAGCAGUAUUUGGCAAAUAUGGACGAAUAGUGGAAGUUCUAUUGAUGAAAGAUCGUGAAACCAACAAAUCGAGAGGAUUUGCUUUUGUCACCUUUGAGAGCCCAGCAGAUGCUAAGGAUGCAGCCAGAGACAUGAAUGGAAAGUCCUUAGAUGGAAAAGCCAUCAAAGUAGAACAGGCCACUAAACCAUCAUUUGAAAGUGGUAGACGUGGACCACCUCCACCUCCAAGAAGCAGAGGCCCUCCAAGAGGUCUUAGAGGCGGAAGAGGAGGAAGUGGAGGAACCAGGGGACCUCCCUCACGUGGAGGGCAUAUGGAUGAUGGUGGCUAUUCCAUGAAUUUUAACAUGAGUUCUUCCAGGGGACCACUUCCAGUAAAAAGAGGACCACCACCACGAAGUGGUGGUCCUCCUCCUAAAAGAUCUGCCCCUUCAGGACCAGUUCGAAGCAGCAGUGGAAUGGGAGGAAGAGCUCCUGUGUCACGCGGAAGAGAUAGUUACGGAGGCCCACCUCGAAGGGAACCCCUGCCCUCUCGUAGAGAUGUUUAUUUGUCCCCAAGAGAUGAUGGAUACUCUACUAAAGACAGCUAUUCAAGCAGAGAUUACCCAAGUUCUCGUGAUACAAGAGAUUAUGCACCACCACCAAGAGAUUAUACUUACCGUGAUUAUGGUCAUUCCAGUUCACGUGAUGACUACCCAUCGAGAGGCUAUAGUGAUAGAGAUGGCUAUGGUCGUGAUCGUGACUAUUCAGAUCAUCCAAGUGGAGGUUCCUACAGAGAUUCAUAUGAGAGUUAUGGUAACUCACGUAGUGCUCCACCUACACGAGGGCCCCCGCCAUCUUAUGGUGGAAGCAGUCGCUAUGAUGAUUACAGCAGCUCACGUGACGGAUAUGGUGGAAGUCGAGACAGUUACUCAAGCAGCCGAAGUGAUCUCUACUCAAGUGGUCGUGAUCGGGUUGGCAGACAAGAAAGAGGGCUUCCCCCUUCUAUGGAAAGGGGGUACCCUCCUCCACGUGAUUCCUACAGCAGUUCAAGCCGCGGAGCACCAAGAGGUGGUGGCCGUGGAGGAAGCCGAUCUGAUAGAGGGGGAGGCAGAAGCAGAUAUUAAAAACAAACAAAACUUUGGACCAAAAUCCCUGUUCAAAGAAACAAACAAAAAAGUGGAACCUUUUCUGUCAUAACUACCCAAGGACUACUAAAAGGAAAAAUUGUGUUACCUUUUUUUAAAUUUCCUGUUAAGUUCCCCUUCCAUAAUUUUUAUGUUCUUGUGAGGGAAAAAAAAAGUAAAACCUGUUUAAUCUUAUUUGACUUUAUGACAUUGCUUUCAAUAAGCAAAUGUUAAAUGUGUUAAGACUUGACUUGUGUACUAGUGUUGUAAUUUCUCAAGUUAAAAGUGUCCCUAAAGGCCACUUCCUAUAUCUGAUUUUUCCCAGUAAAUGAGGCAAAGCAAUUCUAAGACCUUCCACAAACAUCUAGCCAUCUAAAAUGGAGAGGUGAAUCCUUCUGCCUAUACAAACAAGCUAGCUAUUAGAGGGUGGUCGGGGUAUGCUACUCUAGGAUUUCAGAGUGUCUUCAAACUGAAAUCUCAAUGUUCUCAGUAUGAAAAACCUGAGAUCAGAUGCUUAUGUAAGGAAAGUGCUAUUCACCCAGUAACCCAAAAAAGCAAAUGGAUAAUGCUGGCCAUAUUUUGCCUUUCUGACAUUUCCUUGGGAAUCUACAAGAACCUCCCCUUCCCCCUCCCCCAAUAAGACCAUUUAAGUGUGUGUUAAGCAACUACAGAAUACUAAAUAAAAAGUUUGGCCAAAACCAACCAUGAAGCUGCAAACGGUGCUUGCUCUUACUGUUUCAAAUUUUUGCAACUCUGUAGUGUCUCACUUUUAAGGAACAGCUUGAUUGCAAAGGAGAAAAUAGAUAAGCAAUGAAGUUAUCUCCAACUUCUCAAAGGCUUAUGACUUCUAAAAAGUGAAUCUAUCAGCAUUCCACAUCAGAUUUAAAGCAUCAAAUGCCUGUGAAACAGCAAAGAUGGUUGAGGAUUUUGGUCAUUAAUGGUUGGAGUGCUGAUUUAUUCACACUAGAUAAAGCUGGCAGCAAGAGAAAUCAAAUGCUAAGAGUUGUUGAAGCAGAAGAAUGCUGAUUGUCGAUAAGGCACAACAGUUGCAUAAGCAGUACUCAUCAGAAUUGGUUUGGUGCAGGCAAUAGAUUUUUGCCUUCAGGGGUUCCUGUGGAUCUAAGGAAGGAAGGCAUCAGUGUUGGUUAGCACUUAACUAGGGAGUGGUAGUUACUUUAAAAAAAAAAAAAAGUAAUUGACCAGAUAAAGGGGAGCCGUUAAGGAAAUUGGUAAGUGGAGGUAGUAAGUUCUUGUGGUUCUUUAUGUGGAUUUUUACAGCUUUGGCUUACCUUUUGUUAAAGUCCUGGGGACAACUCUGCAAUUUAGAACUUCCUAAUUAUCGCUGACUGUCAGAAAUUUGAAGUAGAAAAAUGAAAGGCAUGAGUGGUAACUCUCUAUCCAUUAAACUGUUUGAUGUUUCAGCAAGUGGAACAUUUGGUAUAGUUUAUCCAGAAGUAGGGUUCAGCUAUAAAGCGAAGGGAGGAGUAGUGUCUGGAGACUAAAGUAACUGGGAACAUAGCUGAAAUGAUUGAAAGCACACUUGAAGAACUGGAAACAAUUGGGCCACUUGACUUUUUUUUUAACUGUACUGUUUGUAAGCCUGCUUUACCCCCACCACCUGUCAUGGAAACCAGUCAUGUUGGAGACUAGAGUCGAUAGUAUAUAAAGCUAAUGUUCUCAAAGGGACUGGAUUUGAGUUGUUGGGUUAGAAGAACUAAGUACAAAAACUUCCGAGAUUUUUUUCAUAGUAAAAUCAGUGCUAUCGUGUUUAAUCUUCACAACUGUGAGAAAUAGUCCAAAAAUUUGUAAUCCUCAUUGGACAGGCUCUUCUAAUCACAGACCAUGAUGAGGGUAUUGACCAAAUUUAAGUAGUUGUUGCACUUAACAUAGCUGUCUUCCUCAGUCCUCCUGUAAUGUAAACUACUUGGGAUUAUGCUUCUGAUGACUUUUUUUGGCUCUGGAGAUUUUAUUUAGAUAUCUUGAAAAUAGUGUAGAACAUAGAAAUUAAUCAUAGUAAACAUGAAUACUAAAUUCAAAUUAAGCAUACCUAAAUGACCAUUCGCUGUUUGGCAAAUAGUUUACUGACCCAGCAGACUUACUCCCCCAUUGGAAAAAGAAUCCGUCUUGAUUCUUCCGGCUUUAUACUGGUUGUAAAAAAGAAUGAUAAAGAAUGUUUUGUUUAACUGGUAGUUGAAUAUAGGACUUAGAUAUUAUAGAUCACUUUUCUCUUUUUGGAAUGUUUUGUAUUUGAAACUUAAUAAAACUUAACAUGCA